AUGCCGCUGUCAAAUCGCCGUCGCGCGCGGCGCAAGGAAAUCCAACUGCAGGAAACCUCCGAUGCAGAGGCGCCAGACUCGUCACCCAGUCGCCCAUCUGCAAAGAAGCGCAAGGACCAAGAAAGGCUGAGACUAGAAUUCCCAAUCCCACAGGUUGACCGCCGCACCUCCCCCUCUCGAGGCGCCGUCAAGGCCGAGGACUCCGGCAAUGAAGCCGAGGAUUCGCAAGGCGACCAUGACCAGUCGACGCACCAGGAUACUGUCGACCUGGUCAUUUCGUAUCUGAACACCCCGCGCGAGGAACUGCGCGUCUCGCGCGACCACUCUAACACCAAGACUGAGAACAAGCAGAGUAUCCAAGCAUAUGCCAAGAUUGCCGGCCGCAACUGGACCUAUUACGUCAAGACGCUGCAUGUCAAUAUCGGCCGUGAACCAGAUCGCGAGCAGAGGUCAACCGAGCAGUCCAGUCCCGUUACCAUUGCUGCUCGUGCGCUCCCCGACGUACAUGUUGAUUUGGGCCCCAGCAAGUUUGUUUCCCGUUUGCAUGCGGAGAUCUUUUACGACGGGGAAGAGACGCCUGCCUGGCAUAUUCGGGUCAAUGGCCGUAACGGGGUCCGGCUGAACAACGCCAUUCUGAAGCGCGGCGCUGAUGCCAUUCUCCAUUGUGGCGAUAUCAUCGAGGUGGCCAACUGUCAAAUGAUGUUCGUGACGCCCGGCGACGACGCCAAUAUUCAACCCAGCUUCAUCGAGCGCGCCCAGCGCAUUGCCAGUGGCCAAGAGCCGGACCCGGCCACACAAGCAUGGGAUGCUUCGCAGCAUGCGCACCCCUCGGCGUCGCAAGCCACCGAACCUGCGCGGCCAUCUUCGUCUGGUGGCCCCUCACUGGCUCCUGCGCCUCAGUUCUUGAAGCGCCAGGUCACACCCCCACCGCGGUCGCCCGACACCGCUGGCCAACGGACGGCCAAGCAGUCGCCGCUCUACAACCGAGGCAUGAUGAUGGAGAGUACCGAAGAGAUCGACUACAGCCAGGACUCGGCCAAGGACCUGAAGCCGCCGUACAGCUAUGCCAAUCUCAUCGCGCAGGCUAUUUUCUCCAGUGAGGAGGAGAAGCUCACUCUGAACAGCAUUUACAACUGGAUCAAGGAUCGUUACGCUUUCUACCGUCACUCCCAAAGCGGCUGGCAGAACUCUAUCCGCCAUAACUUGUCAUUGAAUAAGGCGUUCCAAAAGGUGCCACGACGGACCGACGAGCCAGGAAAGGGUAUGAAGUGGCAGAUCGCCGCUGAGCACCGUGAGGAAUAUCGCAAGAAGCAGAUGCGCAAGGGCACGCAGUCCUCUGCGCCGUCGUCCCCUGCUACCAAGGAUCCUCCGUCUUCAGCCCGGGGAACACAUAUUGCGUCGCUGGACACCUCGUUCUCGGCCACGGCCAAGAAGUCCCCUCCGGUCUCAUCUCCCGGAUUCAGCUCGUUCCCCGUGGCUCCUGUGGAGGCAUACACCCCCGAGCGAGGAUCUCGCGCCGGCCGCGGAGUCGGCUCCGACCAUCCGCUGCGGCACAUGAACCCGCGCGACUAUGACGAGCCAUCUCCCUUACCUGCGCGCGCCCACAAAAGCAGCAACAAUCCCAGCACCAGCCAUGUGCAGCACAGCAGCAACAACCUCAGCCGCGCGUACGGACUCUCGGACAACGUAGCCGGGUCGCCGCCUGUGCUGUCCUCCUCGUACUACGACGAAGGUCCCUCAUCCAUGAUCACACCCGCUCCCCAGCGCCAACAACCCCGCCUGCCACCCCCGAGCACGGCGCAGAUUCCAUCCAAGUUUAUGCCAAUGAGCUCCCCCGCGCAGUUCUGGAAAUUCGCCGACAUUGGCAGCACGCCAGCCCGCCCUGUGCCGGAUAUGAGUCCGCUCAAGGGCGAGCCCGACGACCGGAUCAUCGGUGGAUUCCCGAGCAGUAGUCCGCCUCCGCCGAACCUGGCAAGUCCAAGCAAGCCCGGGACAUCGAACGGUCUCGGCUCGAGCCGGACUUUGCCUCCGCUGCAGUCUGAUGGGGGGGAUCUGGGGGAUAAUGGUGUGCGCCAGGAGGAGCGGCUAAACGAGGAGGAAGAGGAUCGUGGAGGUGGCUUUGACUUGGCUCGGUAUGUAUCUACACCUGCACCUGCACCUUCGCUCCUUUGUUUUGAAGUGAAGCAGUGA